AUGAUCCGAUCCAACCUGCUACGCUCUCUCCCGCGCCAGGGYGCCACCCGGACGAGCGCCAAUGCUGGACAUGCUGCGCGCACCUUUGCCACGAGCGCGAGGCGGGCCGCGGAAGUGGAAUUGACUGUGGAUGGAAAGAAGGUGUCAAUUGAGGCCGGCUCCGCCCUCAUCCAGGCCUGCGAGAAGGCCGGCGUGACCGUCCCACGCUACUGCUACCACGAAAAGCUCAUGAUUGCCGGAAAUUGCAGAAUGUGUCUGGUUGAGGUCGAGCGCGYGCCCAAGCCCGUGGCUUCGUGUGCUUGGCCCGUUCAGCCUGGGAUGGUGGUCAAGACCAGCAGCCCGCUUGUCCACAAGGCAAGAGAGGGCGUCAUGGAGUUUCUAUUGGCAAACCACCCUCUGGACUGCCCCAUUUGCGAUCAGGGCGGCGAGUGUGAUUUGCAGGAUCAGAGCAUGCGCUACGGCGCCGACAGAGGCCGCUUCCAUGAGCUGGAGGGCAAGCGAGCUGUCGAGGACAAGAACAUUGGCCCAUUGGUCAAGACAUCAAUGAACCGCUGCAUUCAUUGCACACGCUGCGUUCGUUUCGCCAACGAUGUGGCAGGUGCGCCUGAGCUUGGUAGCACAGGGCGUGGCAACGACAUCCAGAUCGGCACGUACCUCGAAACCGCCCUCGACACCGAGCUCUCUGGUAACGUCAUCGAUCUUUGCCCCGUUGGUGCCYUCACCUCCAAGCCAUAUGCUUUCCGUGCUCGACCUUGGGAGUUAUACCACACUGAGACUGUCGACGUGCUUGACGGUCUUGGAAGUGCCAUUCGCGUAGAUGCUCGUGGCCUCCAGGUUAUGCGUAUUCUGCCCAGACUCAACGACGAUGUCAACGAGGAAUGGAUCAACGACAAGACCCGAUUCGCAUGCGAUGGCCUCAGCACACAGCGUCUGACAACCCCACUCGUCCGAAGGGACAACCAGUUCCAGCCURCAACUUGGGAGAACGUCCUCGUUGAGAUCAGCGAAAAGUUCAAGGAGCUCGCACCCAAGGGUGACGAGGUCAAGUUUGUUGCUGGUCAGCUUGUCGAGACCGAGACUCUUGUCGCUGCCAAGGACCUUGCCAACCGUCUUGGAUCCGAGAACCUCGCAUUGGACCAGCCACAAGGCUCCGCRCCACUCGCUCACGGCAUUGACAUUCGCUCCAACUACGCCUUCAACUCCAAGAUUGUCGGCGUCGAAGAAGCUGAUGCCAUUCUUCUUGUUGGAACCAACCCUCGGUGGGAAGCCGCCAUUCUCAACGCACGGAUAAGAAAGCAAUGGCUGCGCUCGGACCUUGAGGUCGGUGUCGUUGGACAGGACUUUGAGUCUACCUUUGAUUACGAGAACCUGGGCGUCAACGCCAAUGACCUUAAGAGCGCUCUCGGUGGUGCUUUCGGUGAGAAGCUCAAGUCUGCGAAGAAGCCAAUGAUCAUCGUUGGCUCAGGCGCGGUUGAGCACCCUGAUGCCAAGGCCAUCUACGAGACUGUCGGCUCCUUCGUGGAGAAGAACAAGGCUACCUUCCAGACCCCAGAAUGGRAUGGCUACAAUGUACUUCARCGCGCCGCAUCUCGUACCGGAGCUUUCGAGAUUGGCUUCUCUGUUCAGAACCCUGAAACCGCAAACACCAAGCCAAAGGUCAUCUGGUUGUUGGGAGCUGACGARAUCGAAGCUGCCGACAUCCCCAAGGACGCUUUCGUCAUCUACCAAGGCCACCACGGUGACCGCGGUGCUGCUCUGGCUGAUGUCGUUCUCCCCGGUGCCGCUUACACCGAGAAGGGUGCUACUUACGUCAACACCGAGGGACGUGUACAAAUGUCUCGCGCUGCAACAUCAGUAUACGGUGCUGCCCGAGACGACUGGAAGAUUGUCCGCGCCGUAUCCGAGGCGCUUAAUGUGCCACUUCCAUAUGAUGAUGUCGAGCAACUGCGCGACCGCAUGGAAGAGAUCUCACCCGCUCUCCGAAGAUACGACAUUGUGGAGCCUACCAGCAAGGACAUGCAGUCCUUGAGCAAGGUCCAGGUUGUCGACCAGAACAAGGGCGCCAAGGCCUCAAGCGAGCCCUUCAAGAAGAUGAUUGAGGACUUUUACCUCACAGAUUCCAUCUCGAGAUCGUCACCCACCAUGGCGAGAUGUUCUGCAGCAAAGGCCGCUGGCAACCCGAACACAAAUUUCAUGGCUCCUGGAAACCCGAAUCCCACGAUAAACUAUGGUCCUUCCGAGUUGGCAGGUGCCAGUGCAUGA